GAGUGCAAGUUUAGUGACUCGAGGCAAGAGGACGACGUGGUAGUGAAGAUGGAGUCGCAGACGAUUUGUAAGAGGGAUAGUUUUAAGUAUUUGGGGUCUAUGAUCCAGGGGAAUGGAGAGAUUGAUGAGGAUGUCUUUCACCGUAUUGGGGCAGGUUGGAUGAAAUGGAGGCUAGCCUCGGGAAGUUUAUGCAAUAAGAAAAUGCCUCUCAAGCUUAAGGGUAAAUUCUAUAGAGCUGCGGUCCGGCCGGCCAUGUUAUAUGGGGCGGAGUAUUGGCCUGUUAAGAAUUCUCACGUCCAAAAGUUAAAGGUGGCAGAAAUGAGAAUGUUGCGUUGGAUGUGCGGAUUUACGAGGACUGACAGAGUCAGGAAUGAGAUUAUUCGGGAGAAGUUGGGAGUGGCUUCGGUGGAGGAUAAGUUGCGGGAAGUGAGGUUGAGAUGGUUUGGCCACGUGAUGAGAAGGGGCAUGGAUGCCCCAGUUCGUAGGUGUGAGAGGUUGGCCUUGGAGGGUUUCAAGCGGGUUAGGGGUAAACCGAAGAUGUACUGGAGAGGAAUGAUUAGACGUGACAUGGAACAGUUACAGCUUACUGAGAACAUGACCCUCGAUAGAAAGGUUUGGAGGAAGAAUACUAAGUUAGAGGGCUAA